GGCGUCCCUGCAUUCACACUGACCCUUUCCUGAUGAAAUAACAGGUUAUCCCCGGAUUUACUGUAUAAAAUUGACAGAACAGUAUUACAACAACCUCUUUCCGCUCAAAUUACCCGCCAGAGUCGCGUAGAAAGUGCGAAAGCGUGUUUCCUGUGACGUUGACAGUCUGCGCCAGCAAUUUCAAACUUUUGCUGUGUAAUCUGUACAGUCGUGAUUAAUAGACGGUUGUCAUUUGUAAAAGCUUUAUAAAUAUUUCAUCUUAUAGCUAAUAUACAGAAUGGAAUAUUUGAUCGGGAUCCAGGGACCGGAUUUUGUCCUUGUCGCCGCCGAUAAUGUUGCUGCCAGCAGCAUUAUUCAGAUGAAACACGACUAUGACAAGAUGUUCAAACUCAGUGAGAAGAUUUUGCUGCUGUGUGUGGGAGAAGCAGGCGACACAGUACAGUUUGCAGAGUACAUCCAGAAGAAUGUUCAGCUCUACAAAAUGAGGAAUGGUUAUGAACUCAGUCCAUCAGCAGCAGCAAACUUCACACGAAAGAACCUUGCAGACUACCUUCGGAGCAGGACUCCGUAUCAUGUGAACCUGCUGCUGGCGGGCUACGAUGACACAGACGGCCCAGGUCUCUUCUACAUGGACCACCUGUCUUCCCUGGCCAAGGCCCCCUUCGCUGCUCACGGCUACGGGGCCUACUUCACCUUUCUUUCCAUUCUUGACCGCUACUACCGGCCAGAUCUGACCCGAGAUGAUGCUGUGGAUCUCCUCAAGAAGUGCAUUGAGGAACUGAACAAGCGCUUCAUUCUGAAUCUGCCCUCCUUCACCGUCCGUUUGAUUGACAAGGAGGGCAUCCAUGACCUGGAGAAGCUCGCCCAUGGCGCCAAGUGACUACUCACUGCUUAACUACCGACCCUCACACCCUCAUUUCUUUCUUCUUUCUUUUUUUGUAGUGUUGACCUUGCUCUUUCUGUUCCAAUAAAAAGUGACACACACAGUUGAGAUACAA